AUGGGGGUGAAGCUAGGGUUUCAAAUGGAGAUGGAGGAGAAAAAAGCAGAUCAUUUGUUCCAUUUUUUUCAGGUGAGGGUGAGGAAGAACACAAUUAUGGUGGUGCGCAGACGAAGGGUGAUGAUGAUUUCGAAUGGAGAUGGAGGCGACAAUGAUUGUUGCGACGAUGGAAGAGAAAGAAAGAGAAGAUAUGUGGUCGUGGUUGCCAGCAGCUUCAUGGUUGCCGGCGACUUCAUGAAUGGUGUGAACAACAAACAAAAUCUCACAAGACCCAUAAUAACAUUUGAUGCAUUGUGA